CCCAAUUCUCCAUUGCCAAACCCAGAGCACUGGAAUUGAGUCUCUUUCCAUCUUAUCACAAUGUAAGUCCUUUUUCGUAUUACUUACUUUGUGGGUUAUGUGUGUUCCGAUUCUAGCCUCUGGGUCCUGUUCCAACUCUCCAAUUCAUUUUUCGUUUUGCAUGUUGUUUAGGUUUUAAGAUGCCCCGGAUGAUUUGCUUGGUUUUCCUAUCAAAGAUCCUUACUUUUUUGAGUGAUUAUUGGUUAUUACUAUUGUUUUUAUUGAGAUUAUUAUUGUUAUUACCAUUAUCAAUUACUUUCUGGGUCAUUCUGGAAUUCCCCAGUUGAUGUCAGUUUUAUCCACAUUGUUGUGGUUAGGCAAUUACUUUACUAGAUUUGUAUGUUUCUCUGUGUGAAAUGCUGAUGGUGAAGCUUUGGUACUCUCCCAAGAAAAUAAUAAGUAAAAAGUUGUGAUUUGGUAUCAAUUGGUUUGGUAUGAAAUGAGGAUGUUACAAUCUGUGUUGCAUGGACGAGCUUACUGAUUUUGUUUCUGUUAGCCCCUGUCAAUCGAAAUUGUUCUUUCAACCAUACAAUUCAUCCUUUUUUUUUUUCAGUAGCAAGUGAUCUACACUGUUUAUGAUGUAUGAUCUUUGGUUGUGUUGGAUUUUUAGGCCACUGUGUAUUGACUUUAAGUGGAAAAUAUGAUGCAUGCAGAAUAUCUUUGUUUUUGUGAUUCUUUAAUCACUUAUUCUUCAUUGAAGUUGUUACUUUUGGAAGUUGCAAUUUCCAUUGGGAUGGAUGGUUUGCUCUUUUUUGCACAUCCUGAAUGCCCUUGCCAUUGCCUUUAAGAUGAAGAAGAUGAAACCGGAUAACAAAGAGGAGCUUCCUUUUAAUCUCACUCUUGAUGUUGACAUUGUAUCUGAAAUUCUGGCCAGACUUGAUGUUAAGACUCUUUACAGGCUCAAGUGCGUCUCAAAAGAAUUUCACUGCCUUAUUUCUGACCCUGUCUUUGUCAACACACAUCGCCUACAAUCAAUGAGGAAUAUAAAAUUUCUGUGUACGACAUCUCGUGUAAGUCGUGAUGAGUACAGUUCAAUUCUGUCAUUUUAUUCAGUCAGCAGGCAAAGUCAUGAGCUCAGAAAGUUGUCCAGCUUUACAUUAAUUUGUAGUCAUAUUUGCCCUAUCACCUGUGAUCUAGUGUGCUUUGCAAGUUAUCAGGGUAUCUGCCUUUACAAUCCUAGUACACGUGAAAUUUGUGCUCUGCCUAAACCGGCAACUAGUUUAUCCUACUCCAGACUUGGAUUUGGCUAUUCAGCUCAUGUAAGGCAAUACAAAGUGGUGCAUUUGUUUCCAAAUAGCUAUGCUCGCGGUAAAAGGUCUAAGACGGAAGGUGAUGCAAAAAAUAAGGGAAUGCAAUGUGAGAUCUUUACCCUUUCUGAUAAUAGUAAUAUCAGUUCUUCUUCAUGGAAGCCAUCGAGAUGUCCGCGUCGUGUGUACCCUCGAACUAUAUCUUGUGAAGGUAGAAUAUACUGGUUGAUAGACCACAAGGUCUCUCUUCGUACUUUGAGAAGUACAGGAGGAACUGAGGAACUGAUCCUCUCGUUUGACAUUGCGAAUGAUACAUUCAGCAUUUUACCUCGACCUGCUGGUUGGGAAUUGGAAACUUAUAAGAAGUCACUUGUAUUCAUGGUUUUGGAUGGGUCGCUUUGUAUUACAGACAAGAAACGUAUGCAGGAUACUUCGGUAUUGGAUAUAUGGAUGCUCAAGGAGAAUUGCUUUUGGACUAAAGUGUAUAGCAUUAAGUUGCUCGACUAUAGCUAUGACGGUAGGACAUUGACGCCGUCAAUAAUUAAACAUAUGCAUCCUAUAUGCAUGAAUGGUGGAGAAAUUGUAUUUAAGGUGGAUCGGCUAGAGCAUUUGAUGGAGGGCAUGUUCUCAUGCAUCAUUGAGAACAGAACUAUGAGCAAAUGUGCCAAUUUGAGUGGCUCCAUUAGUAUCUUUUGGGAAAGCUUGUUUAGGCUGGAUUCUGGAAUCAAAAUACAGCCUUUUAGUUGGGAUCUGAUUCGCCAGUAUUGUCAAUAUCGUCCAGCUUCUGGAGUUCCUUUCAACAAAUUUGAUUACUGGAUUAGAGUUUGGACUGUAUUACCCCAGCUUUUUGUAGCUGAAAACAAGCCGAAAGAUCCGCCAGACAGAAAUCAAGCCUCCCUUACCUUUAAGAUGAAGAAGUUGAAACUAGAGAACGAAGAUGAGCUUCCUUUUAAUCUCAAACUUGAUGCUGACAUUGUAUCUGAUAUUCUGGCGAGACUUGAUGUUAAGACUCUCCACAGGCUCAAUUCAAUUCUGUCAUUUGAUUCAAUCUGCGGACAAAGACACGAGCGUAGCAAGCUAUGCAGCUUCACAUUGAGGUAUGAUGAAAGUUGCCCUAUAACAUGUGAUCUUAUGUGCUUUACAAUUUACCGGGGCAUCUGUCUAUGCAAUCCUAGUACGGGUGAACUUUGUGCCUUGCCUAAACCGUCAACCAGUUUAUAUUGCACCAGACUUGGGUUUGGGUAUUCAGCUCAAAUUGAUGACGGGGCCCCUCUUCAUCGUCUCCGUACAACUGAGGAACUCAUCCUUUCCUUUGACAUUGCGAAUGAUACAUUCAGCACCUUAUCUCGACCAGCUAGUUGGCCAUUGAAAAGUUACAAGGAUGUACUUUUAUUUAUGGUUUUUGAUCAGUCACUGUGUAUUUCAGACAAGAGAAGUAUGCAGAAUACUUCAGUCUUGGGGAUAUGGAUGCUUAAGGAGAAUUGUUCUUGGUCGAAAGUGUAUAACAUUAAUUUGCUCGAGUAUAACUAUGAAGGUACUAGUAAGUUCAUGAAUGCCUUCUUCAUAGUCUCCUUUCUCGUUCACAGUAGAUGUGGAGGUUGGACUACAUGUCCACAGCUUUUUUGUAGCAGCAAAGAAGCCAGAAGAGGAAAAAUAGCCGACACUGAAAUCAAGGUAUCACAAAGUGGAAACGAAAAGGAUUAG